UUUCGUAAAACAUACAAAUGUGUAAAUAGAUUAAAGAUGGAACAAAAUAAUACGUGACGGAACGGAACGGAGUGAAACGAGACGAGACAGAAAAUUACUUGUAAAUAUGGCAGAACGGAACGAAAUGGAAUGAAACGAUUUAGUGAUUCAAGAUGGUACUGGAAAGUACAAUGAUAUGUGUCGACAACAGCGAUUAUAUGAGAAAUGGAGAUUUUUUACCAACACGACUGCAAGCACAACAGGAUGCUGUUAAUUUAGUUUGUCACUCAAAAACUCGCUCGAAUCCUGAAAACAAUGUUGGCUUGAUAACGCUAGCUAAUGUUGAAGUGUUAGCUACGCUUACUAGUGAUGUGGGUAGAAUUUUAUCAAAACUUCAUCAAGUCCAACCAAAUGGUAAUUUAAGUUUAAUAACAGGAAUACGAAUUGCACAUUUGGCAUUGAAACAUCGUCAAGGCAAAAAUCACAAAAUGCGUAUUGUUGCCUUCAUUGGUAGUCCCAUAGAAAUUGAUGAGAAAGAACUUGUGAAAUUAGCGAAAAGAUUAAAAAAAGAAAAAGUUAAUGUGGAUGUGAUUAGUUUUGGUGAAGAAAGCAUUAAUAAUGAAGUGCUGACAGCCUUUAUCAAUGCUCUUAAUGGAAAGGAUGGAACAGGCAGCCAUUUGGUCACAGUUCCACCUGGACCACAUUUGUCUGAUGCAUUGAUUUCUUCUCCUAUAAUUCAAGGAGAAGAUGGAAUGGGUGGCACAGGUAUGGGAGGAUCUGCUUAUGAAUUUGGUGUUGAUCCAAAUGAAGAUCCAGAAUUGGCAUUGGCAUUACGUGUAUCAAUGGAAGAACAACGGCAGCGUCAAGAGGAUGAAGCGCGACGUGCACAAACUAAUGAAGCAGCUACGAAUGAACCAUCGGAGACAAUUAGAGAAGUACAUAACGAAGAGGCAAUGUUAAAGCGUGCUCUUGCUAUGUCACUUGAGGGUGCGGAAACUUCGUCUUCAACUGCUGACAAUACUACUCCUGCUAAUAUAAAUGCACCAGAUUUUGCACGUAUGACCGAGGAGGAACAAAUUGCUUUUGCUAUGCAAAUGUCUAUGCAAGAUCAACAAGAACUUGAAUCUCUGAAAGAAGAAGCAAUGGAAGUCGAAGAGGAUUAUGCCGCUGUUAUGUCUGAUCCAGCAUUUCUGCAAUCAGUUUUGGAAAAUUUACCGGGUGUUGAUCCUCAUUCGGAAGCCGUCCGUCAAGCUGUUGGAUCUCUUCAACAAAACAAGGAUAAAGACAAAGAGAAGGAGAAAGAGAAAGAGAAAGAGAAAGAUAAAGAAAAGGACAAGGAUAAAAAAUAAAAUUAUGCUCAUUAAAUAUUAAACCCUUUAUAUUAAUCACUGUACGAAUGUGAAUAUCUAUAUACCAAAUAUAAGUUUCGGAUUUUCCAAAACUUUA